AUGUACCCGACUGCCCCAGUCCAGUGCGCAGCAGCCCCAAGCUGCUGGGAUGGGAUCCUCACACUGCAGUGCACGCCCCAACCGGAUGUGUCUCAGCACUCUCCCAAGUUGACAACAUCUGUUCUGAGCAGCUUGGUGAAGAAGGGGAAGAUGGAUGCGGCCUUGACCUUUUUGGCGAGCUUGCGAGCGCAUCAUCUCUUGUCAACUGUGGCCGUCAAUAUGGUCAUUGCCGCAGCUGGGCGAUGCUGCUCUUGGACGUUGGCCGUUGCCCUUUUGCAGGAUAUGGAGUCGCGCUCUCUUUGCUUGACCGUUGUCACCCUCAACUCGCUGCUGAGCUCACUGCAUCGGGGCUCCGUGUGGCGACAGGCAUGCAGAGCUUUCUCCGGGCUUUGUGACCAUAGGGUCACCGUGGUCACACCCGACCAGAUCACCUACAACGUCUUGAUCAAAGCUUGCUCCUUGCAGCGUUGGGAAGCUGCGCAGGACCUCGCAUCUUCCAUGCGGGCCGGCGCUGUGCAGCCAGACAAAUACACCUACAGCUCCCUGCUCUCCGAAAAGAGCUGGCAGGUUGCACAGGCGGCGCUGGAGACCAGGAGUGUGAACAGUGUGAACGGUGUGAACAGUGUGAACUCCAUGGAUUCCGUGGAUGCUGCGUGCUUCCGGGCCUCCAUUGGGAGAGGCUGCUGGGAGCGAUCCCUUGCUGUCGUCUCGCGGAUGCGUGCUCUCGGCUUGCUCGGCCUGCGGACGGACGGCGGAUCCCAGGCGCUGAACGCGCUCUAUGCCUGCCUGGGCAAGUGGCGAUGGGUUCUCCAAGGUCUCGACAAAACAGGCACCAGCGAUCUUCUCAGGCUGAACUCUGCAAUGGACACAUGUAUCAAAUCCCGCCAGUGGCGAGUUGCUGUGAACGUGUUCUCACUCCUUCACAUCUCUGGGCUGAGAUCUGACAUUGUUGGACAGAACUGCUUGAUUCAAGCCAUAAGGCACCAGUGGCAAUGUGCCCUAGAAUGCCUGGCUGGAAUGUUGAGAUGCCGCAUUUCACCGGAUGAGCCCAGCUACAUUGCUGUCUUUGGGGCCUGUGCUCGAAGCCCGAACGCCAGGGAGACCAUACGUCUGCUGUUAUCGCACAUGUCCCUCCACAGCCUGGAGCAAAGCGUGGUGACAUGUGGAGCGGCCAUCAGCGCUUGUGAGCCGGAAGGUGCUUGGCCGCUUGCUCUUUGGGUUCUGAGCAAGGCUGCGCUGAAUGACGUCUGCUAUGGCGCUGCAAUCAGCGUGUGCGAGAAAGCCCGCCGAUGGAAGUUUGCCACCCAGCUUCUCCAUGGUGCUCGGUCAAACAAACUGAGGCUCGACGCUGUCAGCAUCAGCGCGGCAAUGAGUGCAUGCGAAACCUCUCAAACUUGGCGAGCCCCUUUGGCUUUGCUUUCUUGCAUGGCCGAGGGGCACAUCCUGCCCAAUCAGAUCUCUUACAGCUCAGCAGCUUCGGCUGCAGCUUCCAAAGCCCAGCGUUGGCAGACCACGCUCGAAUUGAUGGAUGCGGCAGGGACCGGAGGGAAGCUGGACGUAACCAGCUGCAGCCUUGUCAUUGGAAUCUGUGAGAGCCAUGGCCUGGUCCGCAGGAUCCCAGACUUACUUGCGGGAAUUGAGUCUGUUCUUACAGCUCUUGAGGAUGGGAUGCCCUGA